AUCGUUUUUGUAGUGUGUGCUAAUGCUGAGGCAAUACAGCCUGAGGAUGGGACUGCGUGGCGUCCCGGAGUCUUCAUGCAGUGCUGCCCUUGUUGGCUGCAACUUCCAAGUACUGUACAGUACAGAUUCUGGUGGGGUACUAGUUGACUCUGCGCAACGACAAAACCAAUGACGACAUUGCCAAACCUUGAACAGCGCAUAACAUCACCAGCUUUGUUGGAACGUACCUGGUACUUAUGCUGCACCCGACUCGUGAAGAUGUUGCCUUCCCGUUUCAACCGUAUCAACAAUCUGUUGAAACAGUACCAGUUGCAUAUACCAGCAUCCUAAGAGUCAGCCAAUCGUACACUGAUUCACAAGUUCAACAUGACGAGUCGCAUUGUCAGUCAUGCUCAGGACGUCGCGAAGGAAGACUACGACCGAGCCAAAGUCCUCCUAAACGAUGCGGCCAGGAGCGGCUCCUAUCUGUAUCCCAUCAAGGGAGUCGCGUACUUUUUCACCCACCCCGCCCUGUGGAAGCCCCUACGCGAUAAGCUCAUUCCCUACCUAGCCCUGUAUUCGGGCGUGGUGGGAUCUAUGUUCGUCUUCACUUACGUUCCGCAACUCGCCGUCCUGGUGUUUGUCAACGGGCCGCUCGCCGUGUUCACAACGGUGCUCCUCAUUCUGAGCGAGAGUGCCACCAUCGUGUCCUUCGUCUCCAAGAACUACCUGCUGCAGGACGCCAUCCUGGACACGUUUGACGGCACUCUGGUGGCGAGGAACACCACCAGCCUGGUCUCAGCGGGCAGAGAGGUGAAGGGCGGCCAAGGUGAUGCCAUUCAGAGGCUGGGGAAAGCCCUGAAGAAGCCGUUUAGUCGGUUCAGUGUCAAUGAGUUGGUGCGGUACUUCAUGUACCUGCCGUUGAACUUCAUUCCUGUGGUCGGUACGGUGGCGUUUAUUCUGUUACGAGGACGCGCUCGUGGUGACGCGGUCCACGAUCGGUAUUUCCAGCUGAAGGACUGGUCUGGACCCAGGAGGUCAAAAUGGCUUAGCGACCAUAAGGGUCCUUAUACUGCAUUCGGCACCGUGGCAACCCUCCUCGAAAUGAUCCCCGUCGCGUCGAUCGUCUUCACCUUCACAAACACGGUUGGGGCUGCUCUUUGGGCAGCUGAUAUCGAGGCAAAGGAAACCAAGAUGACAAAGUUUACCGCUCCCGAGCUGCAAGAAGCGGCCAAGAAAGCCGAGUGAAAACCAUGGGAAAGGUAUCAAGGCUCCGGCUGGUAAAGUUUCCAGGAGGCUUGGGCAAAUCGCGGUGCAGGGCUACACGGACCCGAUUGAGUGUACACCUGCAUGAUGCGAAGGCCGUUCAUGUUGUGCGAGUGCCGUUGGGUGGUGACGACAGAUAAACGAGGAGGCACGGCAUCUUGUCACAAGGAUGCUGUACGCUACGAGAUGUCUCACUUCGGGCUCCCGUGAAAAGGUUCAAACGCUAUCCCUCAAAUUGACAGGGGUGAUACAUUUCUUCAAAGUACAAUAGGAGACUCGAGGAGUUUGUACUUGCGUGACAGUGGACCGGAGAUUCGCAAACAAUGACAACCGCUGGUACUUAGUAUCUCCCAAGCGCCUAAAAUGCGAAAGAACUGACGCCUUCUGAUCUAAACAUUCGUCUGAACACCAAACUACUUGAUACCCA